UUUGUACGCCACUUCCCUGGUUUCACCUGUUACCGGAUCGGUGAAACGGUGGUGUAUACACCCACAUCGCGUACUGAACGCCUCCGCUCCGCAAGUUUGAUGGGAUUGUUGUUAAGCGAGAAGAAUGCGGGGAGACUGCACCUAUAAAUUCGUCCAAGAUUGAGGUGAAAUAUCUCUAGUUGACAAGGUUUAUGGAAAAUCUAUUCAAGUUCACCAGAGGAUGAAGUUUCAAAUCACAUUUACAGCACUCGCAAGAACACUGUGACACCAAUCCUUACAAGUUAGACUAUAGGGAACAUCGUCACAAAAAGAAACAUGCAAAUGGACUAUACAUGACACAAAUGAUGAGGUGUUCUUUUAUUAUCAGGAGAUAUUGAUCCAGGCACGUGAUUCGUAGCAUAUGGAGUAAGGCAUGCUCGGUUACCAGACAGCUUUUUAAAUAUUCAUGACCCAUCCAUCAAAAUUGCCAUUUUGACUUGGCUUACAAAAUGCAAAAACACAUGUAGUGCAUAUUAUAUGAGCAAAUUACUGAAAUAGAAUUUUUAGAUAAGCUGUGAAGCAGCCAUUGACUGGAUGAGAAUUUAAUGUCAGACAAUACAUUGUCUAGUGUAAAGAGAGCCGUAAUUGUAACGUAGAUGCUGCAUAGAUAUUGAUGACAGUGAUGAAGUGCCAUGUUUAAUUCAUGAGAGUUGAUUUGCCGAGGAAACCAGCUGCCAUGAUGGUCAUCAAGGGACACCUGGGGUCAACGUCCUCGGGUGGAGGACCGAGGCAGUUGAAGCCUCAGCCGAUCAAAUCUUGGACUGCUAAAUCAGAAAAGGUUUAUGAGAAGUCCAGGGAGAAUGGGUUUGUGCCUGCACAGCGGGGUCUGUACACCAAGACUAAGAAUCCACUGCCAGUCAAGUACACAGUCAGAGGAGAAUGGGAGUUGCAAGAAUGUGAGGAGCAUUUGGCGUGGCUGAACAAAGUUCUGAAGAAGAAGAAACACAAGCCUUUGACAGAUUUCCGCAAAAGUGUGUCAGAUGGCCUAACUCUAGUCAACUUGCUGGAGAUCUUGUUCAAUGAGAAGAUUCAAGGAAUACAAACACGUCCCAUCAUCAGAGCUCAACGGAUUGAAAACAUUCAUCUAUGUCUACGCUUCUUACAGAUCAAGGGCUUUGAUACCAGAGGGGUCAAUGCUGAAGAAAUCAGUGAUGGGAAUCUCCGGUCAUCUCUUGCCCUCAUUAACACCCUGAGGCGAAGGUUUGAGAGUACCACCACUAGUGCUAGUAGUCAGAAGGAUAGUGCACCUCCUACUCCACGAGGACCGGUACCAGAUAGCAUCUCACAGAAUGAAGAGAGGAUAUCAUUACAGGGUAGAGAACCAAGUAUUAUGAGCCAGAUAUCUGGUCAGUCUGAAACAAGUUUUGGAAGAAAGAGUGGAGAUUACUCAAUGAAUGGUACAGAUGGAACCUAUGAGAUGCAGAAUACCACACCUCGUCUCAUUCCUAAUGGUCAUGUUGAGCCCUCUUUACCAGGCCUUAUGGGCUCUACCAAUCCAGAAGAUGAUAUUCCAGUCAUUGCACAGAAUGAGCAUACUGUCAUGAGUAUGACAGAGAUGGGAUCGAAGGGAGUCCUCCAGCAUGGAGCUGAGACUAGACGGAUACAGCUAUCCAAAGACAAGAGCCCUCGUGGGGCUAUCAGACCUCAGCCAGUCAAGGCAGGAGAUACAUGGAACCCAUUAACCAAUCCCAAGUCUCCACUGAGGGACACAUUGUCAAUGACAGUGGAAGAGAAGCUCAAAAACCUGCUAGACUCCCCCACACCAGGCAGUCUGAUGAACGGCAACAAUCAGCCUAAGUUUGAUGAUGGUGAGCUGCUGGAGUUACCUCCACCAAGCUUCCGAGAUGUGACCGAUGAGGAUGAGAAUGGUGACGAAGAGGCUAACCUUCAGGCUAUGCUGGAGGAUCCAGAUAAGUUUGACUACCCCAAGGAUUGGGAUAGAUAUAUCUCAGGUUAUGUGCCAUCCUCAAAUACUGAGAAGAAAGAGGGCCCCCGUGCUCAGGCCCUGCUGGAUCAACCCCCUACCUCCACCACACCCCCUCCUGAUGCCUCUACUCCAACCUCCAAGUGGAACCAACCCGCCCCUUUCUUUCAUGGUCCUUCAUCACAUCACAUGGGGACAGCUCCAUCAACUCAGCCUCCACAAGAGAUGUCUAGCUAUUCAAAUGGGAGGCCUCAACCUAUCCGUCCAAUCAGCAAGAAGCUUCCAGAUAACUUCCGUAACCUAUCAGGUGUGGUCUAUGGGGAGGAGCCAAUCAUCAAAGGGUCAAUGUCAAAUCUCUCGCAGACAUGGUCGGCACCAUACAGGACACCAGGUGAUGGUCAGAGAACAAGGCAUCUUCCUUCGUAUGAGGAUCACAUCCAACGUCAUUCUCCUCCAGUCUACCGCAAGCUCCAGGCCAAUGGUCAGAGCCCACCAACCAGUGGCUAUGAAUCCAGAGGCCGUAGCUCUCCCAAGACAUUACCUCCAUCUCAGGGAUUCCAGAGGUAUUACCCGUCAUCUCGCACCCAAUUCCCUGACCAGUACAACAAUGAUGCUGGCUUUCAUGAACAGUAUAUAGAUCCAAUGGAUAGAGGGCAGCUCUUCAUGUCGCAGAGUCUGCCUCAGCCAUUAGACAAUCAGGGUUCACUUCAACGACUGUACAACAGACCAAAUCACAACACUGCCUUUGUGCCCAUUCAUGCGUCAAAUCCUAUGUAUCCCAUGAUGCCCGGUGGUGGUAUGAACGAGGAGGCAUUCGCCAUGCAGCAGAUGGGGUACGAGUAUGAUGUGCCUUACAGUGAAAGCUCCUCGCGGUCUCACACCCCUCCCUUGCCCCCACUCUCACCGGACAUUACCCCUCCAGAGACCCCACCAGACUCACCUACAGUCUACAAGAAGAACAGAUCAUCAUCCAGCCUCUAUGUGACCAACACCCAGCCCUCACCUAUCAACCCAAGGAGAAGCAGAGGUGAUAGCAUGGGCAAGCAGAGGAAGAGCUCAGUGAACAGGAGUCAUAGUGCAAACUACAAGCUUGGAGACUCUAGGUCACCACUGAGGAAGAGUGGUGGUAAAGGCAGGAGGAAAAACAAGCAUGGAUCAAGGAAUAGCAGUAGAGCAAGCAGUUCAUCAGGGAAAGAGAGCCGCAAAUCAAGUGCACCAGGUAGAGUGCCACCUCUGCAGCUGAAUCAAGUACAAGAGCAGACAGAAGCAUCAGACAGUGAUAUAACCCCCAAGCAGAAGGCAUCAUCCAGCAUGUUGAUACCUGAUGAUGAUGAUGAGAGGGAGGAGGAGCUUCCCCGUGGCAACCCAUCUAGAUCCUCAUCAAUGGUCGGGAAGGAGAACCAGAACAUGGAGGCUGUCAGGUCACAGCUUCUAGCUCUGGAGGGAAUGUAUAAAGAAAUACUGGGUGUGAUUGGCUCCAGCAAACUGGAGAGUGAUAGCCCUAAGUCAGGAAGUAAGACAACUGUUCCGUCGAGAACCAUUGGCAAACCAAAAAAUAACAAACUUUCCACCAAACAACGUGAGAGGGAUAUCAAGACAGUCAACAAGCGUUUCUUGCGAGUAGAGUCUCAUGUCGUCACACUAGCUCGCAGUGUUGCUCACUUAUCGUCUGAGCUACGAUCUCAGAAUGCUCUGAUCCGAGAGAUUGAGGCAUUGAGGAUUGAGGUGAAUCAACUGAAGGAUGUUGCAUACUUCAAUCAUGAUGUCUCGGUUUCAUCUAGGAGUUUACAUAGGCCAUUUGUUCCACAGUGUGCCAACCCACAGAAGAUCAAGAAACUCACCAAAUUCUUUGGAGAGGAGCCUCCUUUAUUAUCAAUCUUCCUGAAGGAUCUUGGCUAUGAGAAAUAUGACACCAACUUUUUGAAAGCCGGGAUAUCGAUGAUAGAGAUGCCAUAUCUUAGUGAAGAGAAGCUUGAAAACAUUGGCAUACCCAUCGGACCUCGACUACGGAUCUUACAAGAGGCACAAGUAAUGAUCUGAGAGGAUCGUUCUGCGCGAGAACAAAAAACUUAUGACAAAGGUGCUGGAAUCCUCCAUAAAAAUGGUUCUACAUCAUAACGGCAAGACAGAGACUUUUAUUUGGAAUCAUCACUGUAUAACAUAGAUGUGGGAAUCAUUAUGAAGCAUUCAGAUCAUCCGCCGUGCAGUCUUCAUUGAAGACCUACUUCCAAAGAGAUGCAAGGAAAUCAAAUCUGCAAAUGAGGCAUCGCCUAUGCAUCAGACAAAGCUUCAUGGAUUACAAUCUCUGAGAAAUAUAUUUCACAAAGAGAACUCUUCAAGAGAAAUUUCUCUGCUCAGGAGCUUAUAAAUGAUGAUCAUAAUAAUGUCACAUCAAAUCUGAGAAACGAAGCCUAAAUUUAAGAUGUAAUCGAAAUUCUUCUAUUCGUUUGACAAGCAGAGAGUGUUUUGGUUCAAGCAGAUUGAUCUUCUUCCGAUUGCAAGCAAUGUAUGUGCUUCAACAGAAUGUAGUGUUGUAAUAUUUUAGUCACGGUACACCAAAUUUUUUCAAUAUAAACCACCAAUAAUGAGAGUACCAAAGUAACUAUUUUUCUAGUAAAACCUUCCUGGCUUUCUCCAUAUUUUUAUGUGCUGAGUGUUCUCUACAGAUAUGUAUGCAACUGGGGCUAGUAAUAUUUGCUAUUACUUCAAAGCACCUUCAUUCCUUCCAAAAUUAUCUGCUAACAUUUGUUAUAAUAUGUGCUAUCUGCUUCAAGUCACUUAUGAUUCCAUUUGUGAAUAAAACUGUAUGCGUUCAACCACAUUCCAUUAGAUACUGUGAUGUAAUGAGAGGGUUAUUUAUAAAAUAUUGUGUAUUUGAAAUUGUUAAAGAAUUUUUGUUUUUAAUGGAAAUAAUGUUUGUUCCUAGCUCUUGUAUUAACUGUGAAUUAUGCACUUCAAUAUUUUGAAUUUAUUUAUUUAUUAUUAAUAAAUAUGUGGAUGUAUAGAAUCCACAUUUUUCAUCUUUUGUAUUUCCUUUGCGCAGAACUGAAAUAAUUUGUAUAGUUCUCACAUCUCAUCAUGUACAUGUGUAGUACUUUCUUUGUAUAUCACUUCUUAUUUAUGUUUUCAUUACAUGUACCGGUAGGUUAAAGGAUUGGUCUGUAGUAAUGGUUUUUUUUUAUUCUGGUGUGUGGAAUCUUUAGAUUUAACUUGUAUACUUUCCAGUUUAUCUCCAUAAGCGAAUGCAGUUCUAUUAGAAAUAAAUGUGUGUCUAUUCUCCCUCUAAAUCCACUAUUCUACUUUAAUAAUGUGUCUCAAAUUAAUCUGAUAUUGCACAAUGGUUUUAGGAUGUCUUGGGGUAUGGGUAAUUUUUUUAAUGAAGAAUCCUGUUCUACAGCUGUGUCUAAGUGUCUUUGGACAGUAUCCAUGAAGCUUACUAUUUUGGGUUCCACAAAUAUAUAGAGAUCAUAAAGAGUCCCUCUCUUCAACAUACAAGCAUACAGUUUAAGACAAGAAAAUAAGAUAGUGUUAUUUUUAUUUUUUACUUGCCAAUUUAAUUUGCCCUAUGAUUUCAAGACAAUUCAUUGAGGUAAACAAUAUAUUUGUUAAAGCACUGUAACAGGAUACACCAAUCAAGGGAUCACUGUGAUGAUAAAUAUCUAUGCAAGUCACACAUUCUUGAAACCAUAAAGUAUUAAAUAUAUUCACCAUCAAAUGAUGAGUGUCUGUACCAAAUACAUGUGUAGUAUUCUGAGGAAAGAUUAAGCAUGCAAUUAUCAGGAAAUUGUUUUCUUUUAUCAAAUAAUCAUCACUAUAAUUGUAAUCUUUGCAUGAAAAAGAUUUUGUAUUCAAUGAUUCAAAUUCUAUUUUAUAAACUUUGAUUAUUUCAAUUUGUAACCACUUGUCUUUCCAUGUAACAUGACAUUGACACCUGAAAGUGUAAUCAACAAUGUUACUAAAAUCCAUGCAAAAAGGGAAAAUCCCAACAGAACUUGCAUGAUAAUGUUAUCUUUGAAAUCCUUCAGAUUACGUUUAGGAUUGUGACACAACACAAAUGUUUGUAUAAUGAAAAGAUGGUAUAGAUUUGGGGGAAUGUCAUACAACAAUUUGUCUGCCCUAAUCCCUCUUUACUUUAAUAUAUCCAAGACGGGAAAAGUAUGUUUUUGGGGUCUUGAAGAAGAUACAUCCUGUGUUUGUAUAUAAUUUGUACAUUUUUAUAAUGUAAGUAUUCUAUUUAAUGCUGUGUAUAGUUUGUACAUUUUUGUGAAUUUAUGAAUAAAGACGAAUCAAUUAAAUAAACAAA